AUGGGGCAGCGGAAGCGCUCGCACCGUCAGGAUUUCCUCCAAGAGCUGGGAAAGCUGAGCAAUUCCAUCACCAGUAAGAAGGUGUGCUUCCAAGGGCGUGAGCCCAGUAGUGUGCUGGAGGAGAAUGGCGUGACGCGCUUGCUGCUGCGGGAUUGGUGCAACGGGAACUUCAAGACUCAGUUCAACUUGAAGAGUACCAUGACUGGGAGACGGCGCGGACAGAACGAGAAUGGUGUUGCGAUGUUUGGUGUAGAAUGGUGUUGCGAUGUUUGGUGUCUUCUUACAGUACGUUACUGCCUCAUCAAAGGUGUGAUGUGCCAUGGAUUGGAUACCAAUCGCUAG